CUUUAACUGCUGUGAUGAACACAAUGCUGAAGUGCUUAUUGUUUUGGAUCAGUAAACUCCUCAAAGAUAUCUCUUUUUUCAAGGUUGAAACCAUGGAUAACUUGAUCUUCAUCAUGUUAACAGGGGCACUACUUCAUUCAAGCUCUGCUGAAAUUCGUCAAUACAAGUUUGUUAAUCUCACUGUUAACUGGACAAAUGCACAGAGUGUCUGCAGAAAUAACUAUACUGACCUGGCCACUUUGGAAAACACAGACGAUGUCAUUGCUGUAAGCAGCACAACCUCAAACUAUACAGGCUUGGCUUGGAUAGGUCUUUAUGAUGACUUGGUGAAUAGCUGGAAAUGGUCUCUGAAUGACAGCAGCUUUUACAUGGAAGAAGAAUUAACCUUUAGGAAUUGGAAUACCGAUCAGCCCAACAACAAGUAUGGACAACAAAAUUGUGCUGUACUUCUUGGAAAUAACCUAGGCAAAUGGAAUGAUAUCCCCUGUAACCUCGAAAGAUCCUCUGUGUGCUACAAUGGUACAGUAAAUGGAACACCAGUAUUUGUUCAUGUUAUGACCUCAUCGAAUUGGACUGAAGCUCAAAGAGUCUGCAGGCAGAAGUAUAUUGAUCUUGCCAGUAUACGCAAUGAGACAGAAAAUGAGCAAAUAAAAAACAUUACAGGUUCAACUGAGGUGUGGAUUGGUCUGCACCGUGAAAAACUUUGGUCUGAUGGCAGCAACUCUCUGUUUCGUUACUGGGGGAGUAAUGAGCCAAAUGGCAGCGCGGACAAUCCAGUUGGUGCAACAUGUACUGCAACAGCACUCAGUGGCUCUGGAAAAUGGUCUGAUGAAAACUGCACUAAGGAUUUACCAUUCAUCUGUUACCAAACUUUUAUUGAAAAUCCAGAAGGCUUCAUAGUGUCCAGACGAGAUGGGACCAGUAUCACUUUUCGUUGGAAUAAAGUGAGCAGCAACAUCAACUUUAUUCUUCAGAUUAAUGGUACAGAGGAGCUCAUCACAGCACCGAAUGGCAAUGGACCAAUAUACUACACAGCAUUGUCUCUAACUCCUGCAACCCAAUACACAUUCACUCUUUUCUCUGUGUUUGAGAACAUAAGAAGCACUGGAGUCACGAUAACUGCAGCUACAGGUAACGUCAGGUUAAAUGGUACUGGAUCAACUCGAUGUUCUGGAAGGGUUGAAGUCUACUACAACAGUACCUGGGGAACGGUCUGUGAUGAUUUGUGGGACUCCAAUGAUGCUCAAGUGGUUUGUAGAGAGUUGGGCUGUGGAACAGCACUGGAGGCCACAACCCAGGCUGAGUUUGGUCAAGGAACAGGACAAAUUUGGCUUGAUAAUGUGAACUGCAAUGGGACUGAAAGUUUACUUAUACAGUGUUCACACAACGGAUUUGGGAGCCAUAACUGUGUACACAACGAGGAUGCUGGUGUCAUCUGUUCAGUUAUUGAAAAUCCAGAAGGCUUCAUAGUGUCCAGACGAGAUGGGACCAGUAUCACUUUUCGGUGGAAUAAAGUGAGCAGCAACAUCAACUUUAUUCUUCAGAUUAAUGGUACAGAGGAGCUCAUCACAGCACCGAAUGGCAAUGGACCAAUAUACUACACAGCAUUGUCUCUAACUCCUGCAACCCAAUACACAUUCACUCUUUUCUCUGUGUUUGAGAACAUAAGAAGCACUGGAGUCACGAUAACUGCAGCUACAGGUAACGUCAGGUUAAAUGGUACUGGAUCAACUCGAUGUUCUGGAAGGGUUGAAGUCUACUACAACAGUACCUGGGGAACGGUCUGUGAUGAUUUGUGGGACUCCAAUGAUGCUCAAGUGGUUUGUAGAGAGUUGGGCUGUGGAACAGCACUGGAGGCCACAACCCAGGCUGAGUUUGGUCAAGGAACAGGACAAAUUUGGCUUGAUAAUGUGAACUGCAAUGGGACUGAAAGUUUACUUAUACAGUGUUCACACAACGGAUUUGGGAGCCAUAACUGUGUACACAACGAGGAUGCUGGUGUCAUCUGUUCAGUUAUUGAAAAUCCAGAAGGCUUCAUAGUGUCCAGACGAGAUGGGACCAGUAUCACUUUUCGUUGGAAUAAAGUGAGCAGCAACAUCAACUUUAUUCUUCAGAUUAAUGGUACAGAGGAGCUCAUCACAGCACCGAAUGGCAAUGGACCAAUAUACUACACAGCAUCGUCUCUAACUCCUGCAACCCAAUACACAUUCACUCUUUUCUCUGUGUUUGAGAACAUAAGAAGCACUGGAGUCACGAUAACUGCAGAUACAGGUAAUGUCAGGUUAAAUGGUAAUGGAUCAACUCGAUGUUCUGGAAGGGUUGAAGUCUACUACAACAGUACCUGGGGAACGGUCUGUGAUGAUUCGUGGGACUCUAAGGAUGCUAAAGUGGUCUGUAGAGAGUUGGGCUGUGGAACAGCACUGGAGGCCACAACCCAGGCUGAGUUUGAUCCAGGAACAGGACCAAUUUGGCUUGAUAAUGUGGACUGCAAUGGGACUGAAAGUUUACUUAUACAGUGUUCACACAACGGAUUUGGGAACCAUAACUGUGUACACAACGAGGAUGCUGGUGUCAUCUGUUCAGUUAUUGAAAAUCCAGAAGGCUUCAUAGUGUCCAGACGAGAUGGGACCAGUAUCACUUUUCGGUGGAAUAAAGUGAGCAGCAACAUCAACUUUAUUCUUCAGAUUAAUGGUACAGAGGAGCUCAUCACAGCACCGAAUGGCAAUGGACCAAUAUACUACACAGCAUCGUCUCUAACUCCUGCAACCCAAUACACAUUCACUCUUUUCUCUGUGUUUGAGAACAUAAGAAGCACUGGAGUCACGAUAACUGCAGCUACAGGUAACGUCAGGUUAAAUGGUACUGGAUCAACUCGAUGUUCUGGAAGGGUUGAAGUCUACUACAACAAUACCUGGGGAACGGUCUGUGAUGAUUGGUGGGACUCCAAUGAUGCUCAAGUGGUUUGUAGAGAGUUGGGCUGUGGAACAGCACUGGAGGCCACAACCCAGGCUGAGUUUGAUCCAGGAACAGGACAAAUUUGGCUUGAUAAUGUGAACUGCAAUGGGAAUGAAAGUUUACUUAUACAGUGUUCACACAACGGAUUUGGGAGCCAUAACUGUGUACACAACGAGGAUGCUGGUGUCAUCUGUUCAGUUAUUGAAAAUCCAAAAGGCUUCAUAGUGUCCAGACGAGAUGGGACCAGUAUCACUUUUCGGUGGAAUAAAGUGAGCAGCAACAUCAACUUUAUUCUUCAGAUUAAUGGUACAGAGGAGCUCAUCACAGCACCGAAUGGCAAUGGACCAAUAUACUACACAGCAUCGUCUCUAACUCCUGCAACCCAAUACACAUUCACUCUUUUCUCUGUGUUUGAGAACAUAAGAAGCACUGGAGUCACGAUAACUGCAGCUACAGGUAACGUCAGGUUAAAUGGUACUGGAUCAACUCGAUGUUCUGGAAGGGUUGAAGUCUACUACAACAGUACCUGGGGAACGGUCUGUGAUGAUUCGUGGGACUCUAAGGAUGCUAAAGUGAUCUGUAGAGAGUUGGGCUGUGGAACAGCACUGGAGGCCACAACCCAGGCUGAGUUUGAUCCAGGAACAGGACCAAUUUGGCUUGAUAAUGUGAACUGCACUGGGACUGAAAGUUUACUUAUACAGUGUUCACACAACGGAUUUGAGAACCAUAACUGUGGACACCACAAGGAUGCUGGUGUCAUCUGUUCAGCUGACCAAAAUGCAGAAGGCUUCAUACAAUCAGAAGAAGAUGAAUCCAGUAUCACUCUGCAGUGGAAUAAAGUCAGCAACAACACCAGUUUUGUUCUCCAAUUUAAUGGCACAGAGACAAACAUCGAUGUACCAAAUGGGGAUGGACCAGUAACUCAUACAGUCUCAUCUCUCACUGCUGAAACUAAAUACCUAUUUACUCUUUUCUCUGUGUUUGAGAAUGUGAGAAGCAGUGGAGUUCAACUAAUAGCUGUCACUGCUCCUGAAAAUGCAAAAUCCUUCGGAGCAUUAGAACAAGACGAGAGCAGUAUCACUCUGAAGUGGGAUAAAAUCAACAACAACAUCAGCUUUGUUCUCCAGUUUAAUGGCACAGAGACAAACAUCACUGUACCAAAUGGAAAUGGACCAAUAAACCACACCAUCUCAUCUCUCUCUCCUGGAACUAAAUACCUAUUUACUCUCUUUUCUGUGUUUGAGAGCGUCAGAAGCUCUGGAGUGCACAUUUUUGCUGUCACAGCUCCUGAAAAUGCAAAAUCCUUCGGAGCAUUAGAACAAGACGAGAGCAGUAUCACUCUGAAGUGGGAUAAAAUCAACAACAACAUCAGCUUUGUUCUCCAGUUUAAUGGCACAGAGACAAACAUCAGUGUACCAAAUGGAAAUGGGCCAAUAAACCACAUCAUCUCAUCUCUCUCUCCUGGAACCAGAUACCUAUUUACUCUCUUUUCUGUGUUUGAGAGCAUCAGAAGCACUGGAGUGCAAAUUAUUGCUGUCACAGCUCCUGAAAAUGCAAAAUCCUUCGGAGCAUUAGAACAAGACGAGAGCAGUAUCACUCUGAAGUGGGAUAAAAUCAACAACAACAUCAGCUUUGUUCUCCAGUUUAAUGGCACAGAGACAAACAUCACUGUACCAAAUGGAAAUGGGCCAAUAAACCACAUCAUCUCAUCUCUCUCUCCUGGAACCAGAUACCUAUUUACUCUCUUUUCUGUGUUUGAGAGCAUCAGAAGCACUGGAGUGCAAAUUAUUGCUGUCACAGCGCCUGAAAAUGCACAAUCCUUCGGAGCAUUAGAACAAGACGAGAGCAGUAUCACUCUGAAGUGGGAUAAAAUCAACAACAACAUCAGCUUUGUUCUCCAGUUUAAUGGCACAGAGACAAACAUCAGUGUACCAAAUGGAAAUGGGCCAAUAAACCACAUCAUCUCAUCUCUCUCUCCUGGAACCAGAUACCUAUUUACUCUCUUUUCUGUGUUUGAGAGCAUCAGAAGCACUGGAGUGCAAAUUAUUGCUGUCACAGCUCCUGAAAAUGCAAAAUCCUUCGGAGCAUUAGAACAACACGAGAGCAGUAUCACUCUGAAGUGGGAUAAAAUCAACAACAACAUCAGCUUUGUUCUCCAGUUUAAUGGCACAGAGACAAACAUCAGUGUACCAAAUGGAAAUGGGCCAAUAAACCACACCAUCUCAUCUCUCUCUCCUGGAACUAAAUACCUAUUUACUCUCUUUUCUGUGUUUGAGAGCGUCAGAAGCAGUGGAGUGCAAAUUAUUGCUGUCACAGCGCCUGAAAAUGCACAAUCCUUCGGAGCAUUAGAACAACACGAGAGCAGUAUCACUCUGAAGUGGGAUAAAAUCAACAACAACAUCAGCUUUGUUCUCCAGUUUAAUGGCACAGAGACAAACAUCACUGUACCAAAUGGAAAUGGGCCAAUAAACAAAACCAUCUCAUCUCUCUCUCCUGGAACUAAAUACCUAUUUACUCUCUUUUCUGUGUUUGAGAGCGUCAGAAGCAGUGGAGUGCAAAUUAUUGCUGUCACAGCUCCUGAAAAUGCACAAUCCUUCGGAGCAUUAGAACAAGACGAGAGCAGUAUCACUCUGAAGUGGGAUAAAAUCAACAACAACAUCAGCUUUGUUCUCCAGUUUAAUGGCACAGAGACAAACAUCAGUGUACCAAAUGGAAAUGGGCCAAUAAACCACACCAUCUCAUCUCUCUCUCCUGGAACUAAAUACCUAUUUACUCUCUUUUCUGUGUUUGAGAGCGUCAGAAGCAGUGGAGUGCAAAUUUUUGCUGUCACAGCGCCUGAAAAUGCACAAUCCUUCGGAGCAUUAGAACAAGACGAGAGCAGUAUCACUCUGAAGUGGGAUAAAAUCAACAACAACAUCAGCUUUGUUCUCCAGUUUAAUGGCACAGAGACAAACAUCAGUGUACCAAAUGGAAAUGGGCCAAUAAACCACACCAUCUCAUCUCUCUCUCCUGGAACUAAAUACCUAUUUACUCUCUUUUCUGUGUUUGAGAGCGUCAGAAGCUCUGGAGUGCAAAUAUUUGCUGUCACAGCGCCUGAAAAUGCACAAUCCUUCGGAGCAUUAGAACAAGACGAGAGCAGUAUCACUCUGAAGUGGGAUAAAAUCAACAACAACAUCAGCUUUGUUCUCCAGUUUAAUGGCACAGAGACAAACAUCAGUGUACCAAAUGGAAAUGGGCCAAUAAACCACAUCAUCUCAUCUCUCUCUCCUGGAACCAGAUACCUAUUUACUCUCUUUUCUGUGUUUGAGAGCGUCAGAAGCAGUGGAGUGCAAAUUAUUGCUGUCACAGCGCCUGAAAAUGCACAAUCCUUCGGAGCAUUAGAACAAGACGAGAGCAGUAUCACUCUGAAGUGGGAUAAAAUCAACAACAACAUCAGCUUUGUUCUCCAGUUUAAUGGCACAGAGACAAACAUCAGUGUACCAAAUGGAAAUGGGCCAAUAAACCACACCAUCUCAUCUCUCUCUCCUGGAACUAAAUACCUAUUUACUCUCUUUUCUGUGUUUGAGAGCGUCAGAAGCAGUGGAGCGCAAAUUUUUGCUGUCACAGCUCCUGAAAAUGCACAAUCCUUCGGAGCAUUAGAACAAGACGAGAGCAGUAUCACUCUGAAGUGGGAUAAAAUCAACAACAACAUCAGCUUUGUUCUCCAGUUUAAUGGCACAGAGACAAACAUCAGUGUACCAAAUGGAAAUGGGCCAAUAAACCACACCAUCUCAUCUCUCUCUCCUGGAACUAAAUACCUAUUUACUCUCUUUUCUGUGUUUGAGAGCGUCAGAAGCUCUGGAGUGCAAAUUUUUGCUGUCACAGCUCCUGAAAAUGCACAAUCCUUCGGAGCAUUAGAACAAGACGAGAGCAGUAUCACUCUGAAGUGGGAUAAAAUCAACAACAACAUCAGCUUUGUUCUCCAGUUUAAUGGCACAGAGACAAACAUCAGUGUACCAAAUGGAAAUGGGCCAAUAAACCACACCAUCUCAUCUCUCUCUCCUGGAACUAAAUACCUAUUUACUCUCUUUUCUGUGUUUGAGAGCGUCAGAAGCUCUGGAGUGCAAAUUUUUGCUGUCACAGCUCCUGAAAAUGCACAAUCCUUCGGAGCAUUAGAACAAGACGAGAGCAGUAUCACUCUGAAGUGGGAUAAAAUCAACAACAACAUCAGCUUUGUUCUCCAGUUUAAUGGCACAGAGACAAACAUCAGUGUACCAAAUGGAAAUGGGCCAAUAAACCACAUCAUCUCAUCUCUCUCUCCUGGAACCAGAUACCUAUUUACUCUCUUUUCUGUGUUUGAGAGCGUCAGAAGCAGUGGAGUGCAAAGUAUUGCUCUCACAGCGCCUGAAAAUGCACAAUCCUUCGGAGCAUUAGAACAACACGAGAGCAGUAUCACUCUGAAGUGGGAUAAAAUCAACAACAACAUCAGCUUUGUUCUCCAGUUUAAUGGCACAGAGACAAACAUCACUGUACCAAAUGGAAAUGGGCCAAUAAACAAAACCAUCUCAUCUCUCUCUCCUGGAACUAAAUACCUAUUUACUCUCUUUUCUGUGUUUGAGAGCGUCAGAAGCAGUGGAGUGCAAAUUAUUGCUGUCACAGCUCCUGAAAAUGCACAAUCCUUCGGAGCAUUAGAACAAGACGAGAGCAGUAUCACUCUGAAGUGGGAUAAAAUCAACAACAACAUCAGCUUUGUUCUCCAGUUUAAUGGCACAGAGACAAACAUCAGUGUACCAAAUGGAAAUGGGCCAAUACACCACAUCAUCUCAUCUCUCUCUCCUGGAACCAGAUACCUAUUUACUCUCUUUUCUGUGUUUGAGAGCGUCAGAAGCAGUGGAGUGCAAAUUAUUGCUGUCACAGCGCCUGAAAAUGCACAAUCCUUCGGAGCAUUAGAACAAGACGAGAGCAGUAUCACUCUGAAGUGGGAUAAAAUCAACAACAACAUCAGCUUUGUUCUCCAGUUUAAUGGCACAGAGACAAACAUCAGUGUACCAAAUGGAAAUGGGCCAAUAAACCACAUCAUCUCAUCUCUCUCUCCUGGAACCAGAUACCUAUUUACUCUCUUUUCUGUGUUUGAGAGCGUCAGAAGCAGUGGAGUGCAAAUUAUUGCUGUCACAGCUCCUGAAAAUGCACAAUCCUUCGGAGCAUUAGAACAACACGAGAGCAGUAUCACUCUGAAGUGGGAUAAAAUCAACAACAACAUCAGCUUUGUUCUCCAGUUUAAUGGCACAGAGACAAACAUCACUGUACCAAAUGGAAAUGGGCCAAUAAACAAAACCAUCUCAUCUCUCUCUCCUGGAACUAAAUACCUAUUUACUCUCUUUUCUGUGUUUGAGAGCGUCAGAAGCAGUGGAGUGCAAAUUAUUGCUGUCACAGCGCCAGAAAAUGCACAAUCCUUCGGAGCAUUAGAACAAGACGAGAGCAGUAUCACUCUGAAGUGGGAUAAAAUCAACAACAACAUCAGCUUUGUUCUCCAGUUUAAUGGCACAGAGACAAACAUCAGUGUACCAAAUGGAAAUUGGCCAAUAAACCACAUCAUCUCAUCUCUCUCUCCUGGAACCAGAUACCUAUUUACUCUCUUUUCUGUGUUUGAGAGCGUCAGAAGCAGUGGAGUGCAAAUUAUUGCUGUCACAGCGCCUGAAAAUGCACAAUCCUUCGGAGCAUUAGAACAAGACGAGAGCAGUAUCACUCUGAAGUGGGAUAAAAUCAACAACAACAUCAGCUUUGUUCUCCAGUUUAAUGGCACAGAGACAAACAUCAGUGUACCAAAUGGAAAUGGGCCAAUAAACCACACCAUCUCAUCUCUCUCUCCUGGAACUAAAUACCUAUUUACUCUCUUUUCUGUGUUUGAGAGCGUCAGAAGCAGUGGAGCGCAAAUUAUUGCUGUCACAGCUCCUGAAAAUGCACAAUCCUUCGGAGCAUUAGAACAAGACGAGAGCAGUAUCACUCUGAAGUGGGAUAAAAUCAACAACAACAUCAGCUUUGUUCUCCAGUUUAUUGGCAGAGAGACAAACAUCAGUGUACCAAAUGGAAAUGGGCCAAUUAACCACAUCAUCUCAUCUCUCUCUCCUGGAACCAGAUACCUAUUUACUCUCUUUUCUGUGUUUGAGAGCGUCAGAAGCAGUGGAGUGCAAAUUAUUGCUGUCACAGCUCCCCAAGCACCUGAAGCUGUGAGGGCAUCAAACCAAAAUGAGAGCAGCAUCACUCUUCAAUGGAAUAACGUCAACAAAAACAUCAGCUUUGUUCUUCUGUUUAAUGGCAAAGAGACAAACAUUGUUGCACCGCAUGGAGAUGGACCAGUCAGCUACACAAUCUCAUCUCUGUCUGCAGGAAAUAAACACACUUUUACCCUAUUUUCUGUGUUUGAGAAUGUCAGAAGCAGUGGAGUAAAAUUUACAGCUGUCACUGUUCCUCACAAUGCAGAAGAUUUCAUACCAAUAGCCCAAAAUGAGACCAGUAUAACUCUGCAGUGGAAGAAAGUCAUGAAAAACGUCAGCUUUGUUCUUCAGUUCGAGGGUUUUGAGACUUACAUCAGUGCACCAGAUGGAGAGGGGCCAGUAAACCAUACAGUCUCAUCUCUCACUGCUGGAACUAAAUACACAUUCACUCUGUUCUCUGUGUUUGAGAAUGUGAAAAGCAGAGAAAUUAGAAUUGCUGCAGCGACAGCACCUCAGAAUGCAAUAAGCUUCAGACCAUCAGAACAAAAUGAGACCAGCAUCACUCUCCGAUGGAAUAAAUUCAUCAACAACAUCAGCUUUGCUCUCCAGUUCAAUGGCACAGAGACAAACAUCAGUGCACCAGAUGAUGAUGGACCAGUAACCUAUACCGUCACUUCCCUUAAGGCUCGUACAAACUACACAUUCACUCUCUUCUCUGUGUUUGAAAACAUAAGAAGCAGUGCAUUCAGCAUCUCUGCAGCUACUGGCCCAAAUUAUAUUAUGUCACUUCACGUGAAGUUAGCUAUUCCCAGCACAAUGUCACCAUCAGAGAUGGAGGAUGCAUUGGUAGAGCUCUUCAAAAAAUAUAAUUUGCCGCCACAGCUUUCAUUGAAAGUUUCUUCUUCCAAACCAUGAGUUCCCUGGAAAAGUCAGAUGGUGAAGUCCCUCAGCACCAGUGUUGUGUUGUCUUUCUCAACCUUAACUGGUUUAGAUUAUUUGACCUUUUUGGAAUAUCGUCAUUUAAAGCCUCUCUAUUUUGUCACAUUUUUAAUUGUUGUGGUUAAAUAGGACCUCAGUUCAGAUUUUUAUUAUAUUUUCAUAAGUCUUUAACUUGCAUGUGUUUUCUAACUUUGUUGCCUUAAAAUAAUGCCUUAUGUUUUUUUCCAAAAAUUGUUUUGGGAAAAAUUUCCCAAAGGAAAUACUGAAAAACAGAUGCAAAAAUAAUU